AAUUGCAGUUUCUAUACCGUACGCGUAUGAACACUGCAUAGCUAAAGCACCUCGAAAACCUCACGCAGUCUGCUUGGGGCGUUCCAGGGUGUCCAUGUUUCACACCACCUUACCUAACGCCAAAUUACGAUCACUCGGUAAUUAUAAGUAGGGCAACGACCAAAGUGCGUGCUGAACACAAGCGAGAAGAGGAGACAAUGAAAUCCUGUGUACUUUUACUGUCGGCUUUCCUCUUCGGAACUUGCGCGGCCACGAGCUACUCCCCACACGACAACAGGUGCCUCACAAGUUCGCUUGUAAUGCCGGCUGGCUACUGUUGGCAAUCACACUGGCAGUACAAUCCUUUUUAUAAGCGAUGUGUAUCGACGUGCAAUCCAUUAGCCCCAUUCAGUUCGAAAAGGGAAUGUGACUACAGCUGUCGCACAAAAUCAGUAUGCAGAGCUCCUCGACCGAUUUCCAAGUGCGAGUUCGGCACUUACCCCGUGUAUUACUACGAGCCGAGGACAAGGACCUGCGUGCGUACUUCACAGUGCACGUACUACGGAAAUAACUUCCCUACAAUGCGUGACUGCCAAGAAACGUGCAUGAAAGAAGAGCCAUCCGGACCCGAUGUUGACCCAUGCAGCAUGCUACCCAGCGAAGGUUAUUACUGCAAGGGCCGUUUCGGCACCUUCCGGUUCUUGUACGACAACGACACAAGGACAUGCAACCUGUUCUGGUACAGGGGUUGCGGAGGAACGCGAAACAACUUCGCCUCCUACUAUACCUGCCUAAACAGUUGCGCUGGGAAGUACGUUCAAGAAAAUAGCGAGAAGUUACUCGAUGCAAAGUACUAGACAAGGAAUGCGUCGAGAACAUAUCAUUUAGAGCAGUGCAACUGCAUGAGAGAUACUGGUGAUGAUAUUUUUCGUGGCCUUACAAGCCCAAGGCUGCGUGGAUCCACGGACAACAAGAAAUAAAACAUUCCUUAAAACUUACGAACUCCGCAUCUUUGUUCAAUCAUUACUUUUUCACUUACCAUUCCAUCGCCUAAAAGCAAU